CGCUGGUGCUCGGGCGGAGCGGGCUUCGCCUCUGCCGGGCCGCGGCCGCGGCGUUGGAUCCGUCAACGUACUGCGAGAGCCCGGUGUACAGCCCGGACGUGUGCCCCAACAUGAUCGCGGCGCAGGCCAAGCUGGUGUACCAGCUGAACAAGUACUACACGGAGCGGUGCCAGGCGCGCAAGGCGGCCAUCGCCAAGACCAUCCGCGAGGUGUGCAAGGUGGUGUCGGACGUGCUGAAGGAAGUGGAGGUGCAGGAGCCGCGCUUCAUCAGCUCGCUGAGCGAGAUCGACGCGCGCUACGAGGGCCUGGAGGUCAUCUCGCCCACCGAGUUCGAGGUGGUGCUCUACCUCAACCAGAUGGGCGUCUUCAACUUCGUGGACGACGGCUCGCUGCCCGGCUGCGCCGUCCUCAAGCUGAGCGACGGCCGCAAGCGCAGCAUGUCGCUCUGGGUGGAGUUCAUCACGGCCUCGGGCUACCUGUCGGCGCGCAAGAUCCGCUCGCGCUUCCAGACGCUGGUGGCGCAGGCGGUGGACAAGUGCAGCUACCGCGACGUGGUCAAGAUGAUCGCCGACACCAGCGAGGUCAAGCUGCGCAUCCGCGAGCGCUACGUGGUGCAGAUCACGCCGGCCUUCAAGUGCACCGGCAUCUGGCCGCGCAGCGCGGCCCAGUGGCCGCUGCCCCACAUCCCCUGGCCGGGGCCCAACCGCGUGGCCGAGGUCAAGGCCGAGGGCUUCAACCUGCUCUCCAAGGAGUGCUACUCGCUGACCGGCAAGCAGAGCUCGGCCGAGAGCGACGCCUGGGUGCUGCAGUUCGGCGAGGCCGAGAACCGCCUGCUGCUGGGCGGCUGCCGCAACAAGUGCCUCUCGGUGCUCAAGACCCUGCGCGACCGCCACCUCGAGCUGCCCGGCCAGCCGCUCAACAACUACCACAUGAAGACGCUGCUGCUCUACGAGUGCGAGAAGCACCCGCGGGAGACCGACUGGGACGAGGCCUGCCUGGGCGACCGCCUCAACGGCAUCCUGCUGCAGCUCAUCUCCUGCCUGCAGUGCCGCCGCUGCCCGCACUACUUCCUGCCCAACCUCGACCUCUUCCAGGGCAAGCCCCACUCGGCCCUCGAGAGCGCCGCCAAGCAGACCUGGCGCCUGGCCAGGGAGAUCCUCACCAACCCCAAGAGCCUCGACAAGCUAUAGGGCAGGGCCGGGCAGGGCAAGGCCGCGCCGCCGAGCCCCACGGACUCCUCGCGGACGGGCGGACGGACGGAGGCUCGCCUCGGGCCCCCUCCCUUGUCUAGGGCCAACAUAACCAGCCACAAAGCGCAGCGGCGGGACUUGGCCACAGCCAGACCAGAGCCGAGGUACUUUUCUCUGCCUUUCCCUCUCUCGCGUGUGUGUCAGUCGUUCCCCUCGCGCUCGUUCGUUUUGCCUGAAUGUUGUCACCAAGUGAAAACAAACAUUAUUUAACUAUAUGUACACCUCUCCCCCUCGCUUUCUUUUACGGAGGAAAAAAAGAGCCACAUAGAGUUUACUGGUGUUAAAUGUAUUUCAGUGCCAAGGUCAGAUUAUGUGCCCUCCCCCCCCCCAAUACUGACUUGUUGAAAAACAGUAAUAAAAAUGACUUUAACUUUA